CUAACUUCACUAUGAAAAGAAACGCGACUGUCAGAAUCAUACGGAGAAAAGUUGUAGGAGAAAAAAAAUACUCGUAAUGUAGUGAAAAUGGAUAUAAAAGAAGAAAAGGAAGAUCCUGAAUACUGUUAUAAGUCUGAAAAUCAGUUUAUUGAGAGCAUUAUUGUGAAGGAAGAAUAUGAAAUUCAAGAAAAGACACCGGUUUAUCAUCAAAAGAAAUCUGAUGAUGAUAUUAAGAAAAAGCUGCACAAAUGUCCAAUUUGCGCGAAGGAAUUCAGUUGCCUACGACAGCACAUGAACACGCAUUCUGAUGAGAGAAAUUUCGAGUGUGCAUAUUGUUCCUCAAGAUUCAAGACCAAGAAGUAUCUUCGCACGCACAUAACAAUUCACAUUGAAAAGCCACGACCAUGUCUAAUCUGCAAAAAGAUGGUGAAGGAUUCGAAGAGGUGCAGAAUACACAUGUGGCAGAAGCAUAAAGACAGUAGGAAGGAGUUCUUUUGCGGAAUUUGCGCAAUUAUGUUCACGAAUCAGUUUCAUUAUGAUCAACAUGUGGCGAAGCACGACAGUCAAUGCAAAAUAUGCAAUCGCACCUUUACGAAAAAGGCUCAAUAUUUGAAGCACAUGGCGAUAAUGCACAGCUCUGAGAAACCCUUUUCAUGUGAUAUUUGUCAGAAGUCUUUUAAAGUCAAGCAGUGGCUGAGAACACACCAAAAGAUUCAUUUAUCCCCAAAUGAUACGCCUGUGAAGUGUCCUUAUUGCAGCAAAUCAUUUAGAACUUCAAUUCGAUUGCACUCUCACAAAAGCUAUGCUCAUAGAGGUCUUCCUCUCACGAUAACCGAUCCUCCCUUCAGCUGCAGUGUCUGCAAGGAAGACUUCGCACUCCUGGAUGACCUGAAGAAACACGUUCCAAUCCACAAGCCAAGAAGAAUAGUAAAGCCUGCAACCUGCGCAAUUUGCAAAAAGACCUUCUGUGGAACAUUCAAUCUCAAGAUACACGUUGGAAGAUUUCAUAAAGAAUCGGAUCUUCCAAAGAAUUUUAGAAAGAACCGUUUCGAAUGUUCUACGUGCACAAAGAAAUUUCAAUGUUCAGCGAGUUUAGAGAAACACUCAAUUUCUUGCGCAAAGAUUUCAAUCAAGCUACGCAAAUCACGCAAAUAACAAAUUGUACAAAAAUGUUCUUAUGAGCGAAAAAGACACAAUGCAAUAAAAAUUUGUUU